GGAAAAUGUUACUUCUAUUUUGGGAAAUUAUUCUGAUGAUACAUGAUAUUUAUAUUAAAAAAUCUCUAAUCAUCUUGUCAACUUAAAAAAAAGUAGUGUAUUAAAAUUAAUUUAAUAAAAUUUGAAAUAUAUCUGGAUGCAGUAUAAAUAUCAUUGUAAAAUUAUUCAUCUGGUAGUAAAUUAUUAUACUGGUAAUUUUUCCACAUAGCCUCUGGUUAGGUCUGAGUAUUGCACAGUAUACUGGUAGUAAGCCAAAAUCAUGAAUUUGACUGGAUAUCAGGCUGAAAUUGUGAAGUGUAAGACAGUACCUGAUGGCUGGAAGAGAGUUGUUAAAAAAAGAAAAUCGGGGAAGACAAAAGGGAAAUUUGAUGUUUAUUUUUAUAGUCCUGAUGGACAAAUGUUUAGGUCCAAGAAAAGUCUUCAAAGACACAUAGAAACAACUGGAGCUGAAUUUAAUAUAACAAGCUUUGAUUUUUCUACUCAUCAAGAUCAGGAAUUGUCUAUAGAAGAAGAUGAACCUAUAGAAAUACCAGACAAAACUAUAAAUGAAAUCAGUAUAGAUCCAGAGAAAAUGGAUGAGCGGAACAUGGAAGAAAUUAUAUCAAUCAAUACUAGUGAAUCCAACUGUAAUGAAAUUGAAGAUUAUAAUAAUUCUCCAGAAGAAAUUAUUCAAAUUGAAAAACCAGAAGAAUUUUCUUAUAAAGAUAGUGUAGUCAACAUUUGUGAUUCUAAAAACGCAUCAGGUUUUAUGGAUAGUAGAGAAUUAAGAUUUAGAGAUCAUGAUAAUACUUUGAUUGAAAACCAGCAUGAAAAAAUUUCUUACAAUAAACAAUCCACCAUCAAAAUUGCAACAAAAAUUCAGAAGCGUCAGAGCCCUUACUUCAAUAUGAAAAACAAAGUUAACCAACACUUAACUCCAAGUUUCUUCAGAAAAAAUAUCCCAAAAUGGAUUCCUCCAAGAUCCCCUUAUAAUUUAAUACAAGAAGAUCUGUAUCAUGAUCCAUGGAAAUUACUUAUAGCAACAAUUUGUCUUCAAAAAACAACAGGUAAAUCAGUUAAAAGAAUUUUGUCAGAUUUUUUUACUAAGUUUCCUACACCUGAAGCAGCUAUGACAGCACAACCAUGUGAUAUUUCAAAAGUUUUGGAACCUCUUGGUUUGCAAGAUAAAAAGGCAAAGAUAAUAAUUCGCUUUUCAAAUGAAUAUAUCAACAAAAGCUGGAAAUAUCCAAUUGAACUGCAUGGAAUUGGAAAAUAUGGCAAUGAUUCUUACAGAAUAUUUUGUAUAAAUGAAUGGAAACAAGUAGAUCCCAAAGACCAUAUGUUAGAAAAAUAUCAUGAAUGGCUGAAGACCACAAUCAACUAGUGAAUGCUAUAUUCCUAUUUAUUUGUAUAGUUGUUUAAACAUUUUAGGAUUUUUAGUUGUAAAUUGCAUGUAUAUAUUUUUUAUCGCUUUUUAAAAAAUGAAAUAAAAAUAAGUUCUGUAUAUA